GAAGCUCACAACAUCAUAGUCUUACUGAAUUUGACUCAGAUCAUCAACAUGAACAAUUCUUCAUUAUAUCUUCUUAAAUAACAUCAGUCCAAUCAGGAGAUUGCUUUGGUGAGAUGACCGCAAAUGAGGAGGAAGAGGUGCCACUGAUGAAGAGUGAGAGGGCAGGCAGCCAGAAGUCCAGCUGUGACUCCGCCCUACAGGUGCACCUGUACUACAGCCCCACCUUAACAUCAGAGACCACCCUCCCGAUCCUCACUGGGCACAUCACUGCAGAGAGCGUGUGUGUGCUUGCUGCUAAAGCCGGUGGAAUUCUUCCUGUCUUCCACAACCUGUUUGCUCUUGCGUCAGAGGAUCUUUCAUACUGGUAUCCACCAACUCACGUGUUUAAGAGUGAAGAAACCAUCACUGUUCACUACAGAGUGAGGUUUUUCUUCUCAAGCUGGUUCGGCCAAGGAUCCAGAGCGUCAUACCGCUUUUGCCUCAGCAGAGGAAGAAUCUGUGCUGUGCUAGACUACAGCGUCAUUGACUACCUUUUUGCUCAGUCCCGCAGUGAUUUUGUGUCUGGACGUGGCGGGAUUUCUCCUGCUCUGAGUCUGCAGCAGGAAUGUUUGGGUAUGGCUGUCCUGGAUCUAUGGCGCAUGGCCAAAGAGAGAAACCAGAGCCUUGGAGACAUCUGCAGGAGCACAAGCUACAAGUCCUGUCUCCCAGAGACCCACAGACAAGAAAUACAGCGUAUGAGUCGCCUGGCACGGUAUCAGAUUCGCAAGACGCUAAAGCGUUUCCUAAGGAAGCUUGGCGGCUGCUCUGCUGGAGAACGCAGUUUGAAGCUCAAGUACCUGAUGGAAUUGAGCACGGUGGAGCCCUCUUACAGUUCAGAAUGCUUCCAUCUGCAUAACUCUGGAUGGUUAGAGCAGCGCGAGCAACAAAGGGUCAAAGCAGUCCAAGUCUCUGGAGAGGGAGGAAUUCAGAUACAGACCACAGAGAGCCAGGACUGGCAGACGUUCUGUGAUUUCCCCCAGAUCACAGACAUCAGUGUCAAGCGUCUCUGUCAAGAGCAGAUGCCACUGGAAGGAAGAGUGGUCACUAUCACACGCCAGGAUGACUGCUGCCUGGAGGCUGAGUUUCAAACCCUAACAGAGGCUCUUUCCUUUGUAUCUCUGGUUGAUGGAUAUUUUAGACUGACAACAGACUCAACCCACUAUUUCUGCACAGAAGUGGCCCCACCAAGCUUGUUGGAGGACAUCCAGAAUUACUGCCAUGGCCCAAUCACGUCAGAAUUUGCUGUGCACAAGCUGAAGAAAGCCGGAGCCAAAAACGGGAUGUUUUUGUUGCGUCACAGUCCCAAGGAAUUUGACAAGUACUUCCUUACUGUUUGCAUACAGACUUCUCUGGGUAUGGAUUACAAGGACUGUUUGAUUGAGAAAAAUGAGAAGUUUAAUCUUGCUGGGAUCCACAACUCAUUCUGUAGUCUGAGACAGCUCACAGAGUUCUAUCAGCACAGACCGCUUCUCAUGUCAGACAUCCCAGUUACCCUGGGCAAGUGCUGCCCACCCAGACCAAAAGAACUUACCAACAUGAUCAUUCUUCGUAAAAGCAGUAUGGCGGAGAUGCCCAGUUCUCCCAUGAUACAAAGACACAAACCCAGCCACAUGCAGUUCCACAUGAUUAAACAGGAUGACCUCACCUGGAAGGAGAGCUUAGGACAAGGUUCCUUCACGCAUAUAUUUAGAGGCAGUAAGACAGACCAACGGGAGGGGGUGACACACUCCACAGAAGUCCUUCUGAAAGUUCUGGAUGCAAAUCAUAAAAACUGCUGGGAGUCUUUUUUUGAGGCAGCCAGUUUGAUGAGUCAAAUUUCCCACAAGCACCUUCUCCUGGUCUAUGGCAUCAGUGUGCACAAAUCCAAAAACAUCAUGGUGCAGGAGUUUGUUAAGCAUGGAGCACUGGAUCUGUACCUGAAGAGGAGGACAUCAGUCUCCGUCAGCUGGAAACUGGACGUGGCCAAACAACUGGCCUGUGCUCUCAACUUCCUGGAGGAGAAGAAUAUUGCACAUGGGAAUAUUUGUGCAAAGAAUCUGCUAUUGGCGAGAGAGGGUGACCCUUCCUCUGAUAACUCACCCUUUAUUAAACUUAGUGACCAAGGCAUCAGCAUGGCAAUGCUGGGAAGAGAAGUGGUUUUGGACAGAAUUCCAUGGGUUGCCCCGGAGGUGCUUGAAACACUUGAGAUAGAGCUGGAUUGUGACAAGUGGAGCUUUGGAACUACUCUGUGGGAGAUUUUCAAUGGUGGAGAAGCUCCAUUGCAGGGCCUGGACCUCAUACAAAAGCAGCAGUUCUACGAGCGGUUCUCAAACCUGCCUGCACUGGAGUGGACUGAGUUGGCUGACCUCAUUGCUCAGUGCAUGCAGUAUCAGCCAGAGUUCAGACCAUCCUGCAGGAGCAUCAUUCGCCAACUAAACAGCCUCAUCACAUCCGAUUAUGAGAUCCUUCAUGCGACUGGGACACUCCCCAAGAGCGAUGGCUUCUGGCGAAGACCAAACAUGGUCAGGAAUCAACAGCAGGAUGUUUUUGAGGAGAGAUACCUGUGCUUCAUCUCCAUUCUGGGGAAGGGUAAUUUUGGCAGUGUGGAGCUUUGUCGUUAUGAUCCAUGGGGUGAUAACACUGGCGAUCUGGUAGCUGUUAAGGAACUGCAAUCCAACAAACAGGCCAACAUGGCAGACUUUCAGAGAGAGAUCCAGACCAUCAGCUCUCUGCACUGUGACUAUAUUGUCAAAUACAAGGGCAUCUGCUACAGUGCAGGUCGGCUCAGCACAAGACUGGUGAUGGAGUACCUUCCCUACGGCAGUCUGAUUGGAUAUAUGGAGAAAAACAGACAGAAUGUAUGCAGUCGAAGACUGUUGCUCUUUGCCUCACAGAUCUGUAAGGGAAUGGAGUACUUGCAAAGCAUGCGAUAUGUUCACCGGGAUCUGGCUGCCCGGAACAUUCUAGUAGCCAGCGACAUUCUGGUGAAAAUCGCUGACUUUGGACUGACGAAGAUCAUACCAGUGGACAAAGAGUACUACCGUGUCACACAGCCAGGAGAAAGCCCCAUUUUCUGGUAUGCACCUGAAUCUAUAUCAGAACUGAAAUUCUCUCACAAGUCAGAUGUAUGGAGUUUUGGCAUUGUUCUACAUGAGCUGUUCUCAUACUGUGAAAUCAGUCGAAACCCCAAAAGAUUGUGUAUCCAGAAGAUAGGAAGUUAUGUCCAGAGUCCAUCCAUGGCCAUCCAUCUCCUUAAUCUUCUUAAAGAUAACUGGAGGUUACCAAUGCCAUCUCAGUGUCCACCAAAGGUGAACAAUAUAAUGAUGCAGUGUUGGGAGUUCAACAGCGAGGACCGACCCAGCUUCUCCUCUCUACAGGACCUGAUUGAGAAUUGUUUGUCAGAUGAGAGAGAGGGAUCUAAAGGGUGAAAUCAGCUACCCUGAACAGAUCACAUUAGUUUCAACACAUCCUGUAUAUAAUUGAGUAUAUUCAAGACUUAUUAAAGUAUGAUGGAGCUUCCUGGUGUUUCAGUGUUUAGUUAUGAUAUUCAGUUAUGUAUUUUGAAGGGUUUCAACCCAUAUAACCAUUAAAUUCUCUGCUGCGUGUAUAUCAGCAAUCAAUAAAUAUGUUUCAUAAAAUGCAUAGGACUUUCCCUGUCAUAUCAAAAAUAUGGUCAUAAUUGUCGUUGACAUUACUUCUGUUUCUGUAGUUUUAUUUCGCCAUUAAAUGCAGUGAUGAAAUCC